GCCUGGGCGCCAUGUCCCGCUACACGCGGCCUCCCAACACGUCGCUGUUCGUCAGGAACGUGGCGGAUGCCACCAGGCCUGAGGAUUUGCGCCGUGAGUUUGGUCGGUAUGGCCCUGUAGUAGACGUAUACGUUCCGCUUGACUUCUACACAAGACGCCCAAGAGGAUUUGCUUAUAUACAGUUUGAAGAUGUUCGUGAUGCAGAAGAUGCUCUGUAUAACCUCAAUAGAAAGUGGGUAUGUGGCCGGCAAAUUGAAAUACAGUUUGCACAAGGUGAUCGCAAAACACCAAAUCAGAUGAAAUCAAAAGAACGGCGGCAGUGUUCUCCAAUGGAUUACAGAAGAUCACGAAGUCAUAGCCGAAGAAGGACGCGUAGCAGAAGUUCUUCGUGGGGAUGGAGCAGGAGACACUCUGAUAGUUUUAAAGAGUCAAGGCGUAGACGACAUUCUUACAGCCAAUCUAAGUCUCGUUCAAAAUCUCUUCCAAGGCAUUCCAGCUCACCAAGACGAUCUGUCACACCCCAGAGAAAUUCUGGUUCCAGAGGGAGAUCGCGGUCAAAGUCAACUCAGAGAAGCUCAAAAUACGCAGAAAAAUCACCAUCGAGUUCCCAUCGAAGACGGUCCAAUUCAAGAACAAAGUCACGAUCACAUCCUAAACGUUCGGGCUCACCUACCAGGUCCCUGUCUAAAUCUCCACGGAAGCAUGUUAAUUCAAGUUCUCGUUCACAUUCUAGGAGUUUCUAUCAGAGAAAUAGUAACCAGUCAGUAUCUGAAGAAGAUUAAUUUUGCUAUUUCUUUAACACAGACAUAAUGAGCACAAAAAAAGUAGAAAAAACAUUGUCCAAAG